AUGCAUCUUCCAGACUUGAGCUUUUCUCUGACCAGCCUCCUGGCGGCGACCAUAAUAUCGCAACCUUCUGUAGUCGUUGCAGUUGACCCUCUGGUCGACCUCGGCUACACACGCUUACAAGGACUUGCGCAAGGCCAAGGAGCCACGCAAUGGCUCGGCGUCAGGUUUGCCCAGCCGCCUCUGGGCCCGCUGCGUUUCGCAGCUCCCGCGGCGCUCGACAUGACGGCCCCUUUCGACGGCAACGUUGUUGACGCGAGCAAGUUCCGCCCGAUCUGCCUCCCUCGCUCGGCAUCCGACUUUACAAUGCAGCCCAACAAGCGCUUCACCGUUUCCGAGGACUGCCUCUAUGUCAACAUAUUUGCGCCAAGCAACGCGACGGCCACCUCAAACCUACCCGUCAUGUACUUUAUUCAGGGCGGCGGCUUCCAGUCUCUGUCCAAUGCAAACUUCAACGGCGGCGACCUGGCGGCCUUCGGCAACAUCAUCGUGGUGCAGGUCAACUACCGCGUGGGCCCAUUUGGCUUCCUGCACAGCAAAGAGGUGCAGCAAGGGGCCAGCACCAACGUCGGUCUCAGGGACAUGAUCAUGGGAAUGGAGUGGACCAAGCAGAACAUUGCAAAGUUUGGCGGCAACCCGGCCCAGAUCGUCAUGGCUGGCGACUCGGCGGGCGCCACGGCCGUCGUGCUGCUGCUGUCGGGUUGGGCGAGCCAAAACCCGCAGACCACGCUCGUCAAGGGCGCCAUCAUGGAGUCCAUGUCGCUCGCGACGCUCCGCACCAUCGACCAGGGCCAGGAGCAGUACGAAUGCCUGCUGAACAAGACGUCAUGCGCCACCUCCCCGGACACGCUGGCCUGCCUGCGGUCGGUGGAGGCGUCCAAGCUGCAGACGGAGGAGUGCCAGUUCAACCCGAACCUGGACGGCGACCUCGUGCCGGCGUCGAUGCUGACGCGGUUCGACCAGGGCCUGUACCUGCGGGUGCCCAACAUUGCGGGCAGCUGCUCGGACGAGGGGACCAAGAACGUGCCCAAGGACACCAACACCACGGCCGAGGCGUUCAAGUUCUUCCAGGAGCAGACCUCGGGCGUUCUGAGCAACGCGAGCCUCGAGCUCCUGCAAAAGACGUACCUGGACAAGACGAUGCCGCUCAAGGACGUGCCGGCCAACCGCGGCGCCGACGCCAAGGCGCCGACGGGCAAGCUGUGGCAGCAGCUGUCGCUGGCGCAGGGCGACUUCCGCGCGCACUGCGUCACGGCGCGCGUGCAGAACGCCAUGGCCAGGGACGGGGUCAAGACGUUCAGCUACCGGUUCGCGCCCGUCGACGACGAGCAGGAGAGGCUGGGGUUCGGGGCCUACCACACGGUCGAGCUCAACGCCGUGUUUGGGCCCAACAACACGGACGGCGACCCGCCCAAGUCGUACCGGACGUCGGGCGCCAACGAGGUCAUCGUGCCGCAGACCAUGGCCUACUGGGCGUCGUUUGUGCGGACGCUCGAUCCGAACCCGAUGAGGGCCGCGGACACGCCCGAGUGGAAGCCGUGGACGGGGACGCAGGGCCGCGAGAGGCUGCGGUUCAAGACGGGCGACGUCAACAUGGAGCGCAUGGACGACGACCAGCGCAACAACUGCGAGAUGCUGGAGCCCAUGCUGGCGGCCAUCGAGAUGCCGCAGCCCAAGGAGGUGGUGGUGGAGCUCAACAAGCCUGGGACGAGUUUUGGGAGCAGCUGGGGAGCAUCCGCGAGGGCAUCCGAGAACUCUGCUGCUGUGCCGGACCGUAGCGCAAAGAAACUGCAGGCCUCCUCUUCCUCGUCCUCCUCGUCGACCGCUUCCAACAGCGGGAUGAGGUCCACCGGUGGCAUGGGAUGGAGCGUGCUGUUGCUGACGUUGGCUCCUCUUGCUCCGAUGCUCCUCUCACAUUCGUUCAAAAUGCGUUUCUCAGAGUUCAUCAUCGUGCCUCUGCUGGCAGCGGCCGUCGAGGCCCGCGCCUGCAAGGCAAAGAGGCCUACUACUGCAGCUCUUUCUGCUACUGUCGUGGCCACUGCUGCUUCCUCUGCCGAGACCGUCUCCUGCACGUCGGCUCCUCCUGAGGCCACCCCCACCUCGGCCAAGCCUGCACAGACUGCUGCGCCGUACCGCGCCUAUCCGGCCGACGUUGUUGACCAGCUCCGCGACUCGAGCAUUAGCAAACUCGAGAGCUUCACCAAGCGUAACCCAUCUUCUUGCACCUUGGAGAAUGCGAGCGACCUCUCCAUCGCCGAGCGCAAGGAGUACAUCUCGGCCGUGCAGUGCCUGCAGCGCCUGCCGGCCAAGACGCCCUCCAGCGUCUCCCCUGGAGCGCGGUCCCGGUUCGACGACUUCUUGACGGUGCACAUCCAGCAGACGCCGUCGAUCCACAACACGGCCAACUUCCUGGGCUGGCACAGGUACUACGUGUGGCAGUACGAGAAGGCCCUGCGCGAUGAGUGCGGCUACACCGGUUUCCAGCCCUACUGGAACUGGGACCGCGAGGUCGCCGACCCGACCAAGUCGGCCAUGUUCAACGGCAACGACACCAGCCUCAGCGGCAACUCGCCCAGCAAGGACGCCUGCGUCACCUCGGGCCCCUUCAAGGACAUGGCCGUCAACCUGGGGCCCGGCGCCAGCCUCAAGUACAACCCCAGGUGCCUGAAACGCGAGAUCAACGCCAGCCAGGCCCAGGCCUGCACCGCCGACAAGACCCUGUCGCUGAUCAAGAACAGCUCCACCAUCGGCACCUUUCAGGACACCAUGCAGGGUGUUCCGGGCGUGCAUGCGGGCGGUCACUAUACCAUUGCCGGUGACCCUGGAAACGACAUUUAUGCUUCUGCUGGUGACCCGGCCUUCUACUUCCACCACGCCAUGAUCGACCGCGUCUGGUGGCUGUGGCAGCUCCAGGACCUCGAGACGCGCCUGACCGCCAUCGAUGGAAACAACGGUGGUCGCAAGGGCACCGCCGAUGACGACACGAACCUGGGUGCCGUCGGAGGAUCGGUCAAGCUCGGCGACCUGCUCAACACCAUGGGCGGCAAGGGCGGCGAGUUUUGCUAUAUUUAUGUCUAA